CCCGGGGUCCCGGGUAGGGGCGCGGCGGGCCCGGGGGAGCGCGGGGAGCCCUCCCGGCGCGGCGUCCGAGCGACCCGGCGCACCCCCAGCCCCGGACGCAUGCGGAGCCUGGGGCGGGCGCGGGUGUUGGUGGCGGCGGCCCUGGGCGGCCCCGCGCCCCGCAGAGGACACACUCUGCGUCCCACCAUGAAGCUCGACAUCCAGUGUGAGCAGCUGAGCGACGCCCGGUGGACCGAGCUCCUGCCUCUGAUCCAGCAGUACGAGGUGGUCAGGUUGGACGACUGUGGCCUCACGGAGGUGCGGUGCAAGGACAUCAGUUCCGCGCUCCGGGCCAACCCCUCCCUGACGGAGCUCAGCCUCCGCACCAACGAGCUGGGCGACGGGGGCGUGCGCCUGGUGCUCCAGGGCCUGCAGGGCCCCACCUGCAAGAUCCAGAAGCUCAGCCUCCAGAACUGCUGCCUGACGGAGGCUGGCUGCGGGGUCCUGCCCGGCGUGCUGCGCUCCCUGCCCACCCUGCGGGAGCUGCACCUCAGCGACAACCCGCUGGGGGACACCGGCCUGCGGCUGCUCUGCGAGGGGCUCCUGGACCCCCAGUGCCACUUGGAGAAGCUGCAGCUGGAGUACUGCAACCUGACAGCCACCGCCUGCGAGCCCCUGGCCGCGGUUCUCAGGGCCACGCGGGACCUGAAGGAGCUCGUGGUGAGCAACAACGACAUCGGCGAGGCCGGCGUCCGGGUGCUGUGCCGGGGCCUGGCGGACUCAGCCUGCCAGCUGGAAGCGCUCAAGCUGGAGAACUGCGGCCUCACGCCGGCCAACUGCAAGGACCUGUGCGGGAUCGUGGCCUCCCAGGCCUCGCUGAAUGAGCUGGACCUGGGCAGCAACCCGCUGGGUGACGUGGGCCUCGCAGAGCUGUGCCCUGGGCUGCUGAGCCCCGGCUCCCGGCUCAAGACCCUGUGGCUCUGGGAGUGUGACAUCACCGCCAGCGGCUGCAGAGACCUCUGCCGCGUCCUCCAGGCCAAGGAGACCCUGAAGGAGCUGAGCCUGGCGGGCAACAACCUGGGGGAUGAGGGCGCCCAGCUGGUGUGCGAGAGCCUGCUGCAGCCUGGCUGCCAGCUGGAGUCCCUGUGGGUGAAGUCCUGCAGCCUCACGGCCACCUGCUGCCCCCACCUGGGCUCGGUGCUGACCCAGAACAAACGUCUCCUGGAGCUGCAGCUGAGCAGCAACCCACUGGGCGAUGCGGGCGUCCAGGUGCUGUGCCAGGCCCUGGGCCAGCCAGACUCCAGGCUGCGGGUGCUCUGGCUGGGGGACUGCGACAUGACGGACGGUGCCUGUGGUGGCCUGGCCUCGCUCCUGCUGGCCAACCACAGCCUGCGCGAGCUGGACCUGAGUAACAACGGCCUGGGUGACCCCGGCGUCCUGCAGCUGCUGGGCAGCCUGGAGCAGCCCGGCUGCGCCCUGGAGCAGUUGGUCCUGUACGACAUCUACUGGACGGAGGCGGUGGAGGAGCGCCUGCGGGCCCUGGAGGGGAGCAAGCCCGGCCUGCGGGUCAUCUCCUGAGGCGCCUUCCCGGACGCCCUCCUGCCCCCAGCGAGUCCUGGCUUUAGCUGAGGGACAAGGUCAAAUCAGCUCAUUUCUGGGAGAGGAUUUUAGGCACUUUAUUAAAACGCAUUUUUGGCAGGA